CACUGCAUCAGUAUUCGGCUGGAGUUAAAGCAAACAAAUUGAGAGAGUAUUCCCGACAAAUAACCAGAAGAGCAUUUCUUGUGUUAUUGAAACAUCAUGGCACAGGUCUGCGGCUCACCGUUCCUCAAGCCUUUUUUCCUGAAGACGCCCGUAAGAGUGGUAAACCCACUGCGACAGAGAAGACACACACUCCCUGCAAGUGAGUUCAGGAACCUCACGCCACAGGACGCCAUCAGUGUGUUUGAGAUUGAGAGAGAAGCAUUUGUCUCUGUGUCUGGAGAGUGUCCUCUUACCCUUGAUGAAGUGCUUAACUUCCUUGGUCAGUGCCCUGAGCUGUCGCUGGGCUGGUUUGAAGAGGGCCGGCUGGUGGCUUUCAUCAUCGGCUCUGGCUGGGACAAGGAGAGACUAUCACAGGAAGCGAUGACUCAGCAUGUCCCAGACACCCCCACUGUGCACAUCCAUGUGCUGUCCGUGCACCGUCACUGUCGCCAGCAAGGCAAAGGCUCCAUCCUCCUGUGGCGCUACCUGCAGUACCUGCGCUGUGUGCCGGGUCUCCGGAGAGCUCUGCUGAUCUGCGAGGACUUCCUUGUGCCCUUCUACCAAAAGGCGGGUUUCAAGGAGAAAGGGCCAUCGGCCAUCUCCGUAUCGAACAUGCAAUUCCAAGAGAUGGAGUACAUGGUCGGCGGGCAGGCGUACACAAGACGGAACAGCGGCUGCUAGUCUAUCAGGUCCUACCCCCCCAACCCCAUACACACUCUGUCCACUUACCUCUAACCUGAACUCACGGCAGAAAAGAUUAACAAAACAAAGCUGACAGAUGGACAGAUAGUGGCAAAGAGCCAGUGUGCAGCAAUAGACCUCAUCCAAUAUUUGUUACAAGGUCUGUCUGUUCCUCCGAUUGUGAGCUCCUCACAUGACCUCACUGAACAAGGAUGACUGUUGAAGGACUGAGGGAACCAGGAGGGGUUCCUGCACAGAAAUGUAAACAGUUGCUUUGCAUUAGAUGUGAAACAGACAUCAAAUAAUGUCCCCUCUGUUGUCAGUAUUAUAUUGGCUUAUUCAGUUUAAUAUUUUUUUUAUUGUAAUUUGUCAAAUAACUCACAAUCCAGUGUUUGCAAUGUGAUUUUUUUUUAGCAUACAUUAGGUAUGAAAAGGACAGCUGUGAUGAAUCCUUCCUGUAACAACUGAUAACAGGAAGUAACCUUAA